AUCUACUUCACAGCAGUCCGAAUGUACAAGAAAAAAAAUGUCCUGAAACGAAAACAUUACACUAUCAAUAGUGAUGAAAAUUUUGUAUUAAUGCUGGAUAUCAAGCAACUACUGUUGGAGGAUCAUCACCGACUGAUUUCAACAUUGUUGUUGAUUGACCGCACAACCAGCGGUGGAAGUGGAAGAAGUCCAUUGUUUCUCUCGUUUAUCUCGUUGGCGAAGGUGAUCGAUGAGCUAGAGAUUCUUGACGGAUAUCGUACUGAGUGGCAAGUACAAGACAGUGAGCGAAGACUACUAACGUGGGCAAUCCACUGGGCGAGGAAGGUGGCAAGUAUGGAAAACACCAUGAACAAUAUCGACAAUGUCUCAUUCAGAUCUGCAGUGAAGACAUUACAAAACUGCAUUCCAACCUUCGAAAUGAAUGAUUCAGAUGCCCGAAGUCUCUCAUCUGAUGGAGAAGCAGCAGCGAGGGCGUUACGCGACAGCGUUCUUUCUGUGCUCUAUCGCCACUGCAUAGAUUACGGCGAGCAGCAAAAAACAGCUGCUCGUCUCACCAAAAUUCUCUUGUCGCUACCACAACUGCAUAAACUAGAUGUUUCACUAUUUUUCAGCCAUUCUGCUUCAUGCAGUCCUUCAUCCAGUGCGAUGAGCAGUUGA